AUGGGCUAUACUGAAAGUCAUAUUCAGCAACGGAAGCCUACACCUCCUCAAGAAACCAACCCGAAUGUACAUAAAGGGCCCGAAAUCUGUCCACGAUUCAAGACCUUACUUGCACUGGCGCAGAAGCUCGAUACCACUCAUGUAGUCCACAUCCAAGGCACGCCUGUGUCGGGCAAGACGACUCUUGCGCUUUUGCUUCGAGACUAUCUUCGUCCAACACGCAAGGUAAUCUUCCUAUCGGGUUGGAAAAGGCGCAGUAUCUCGAUGACUGCUAAGGAAUACCUGGCCAAUGUAUGCUAUAGGAGCGACUCUGACGGUAUACAUACUCAUGAUGAUCUUUUAUGUGAUGAAAACAGCGACCUUGUCUUUAUCGUGGACGAUGCACACGAGACAUAUGCUGACACGGACUUUUGGCCGAAUGUGAUUGAAGCCCGACUGAACAGACAACUUGGUCCUAGGUUUUGCUUGUUCACCUCCUACGGGCUCCCCACAACAGAACCCCUCAGAAAAUUGCCAGAUGGGAUCAUGCAGAAAUGGCAAAAAUGGACAAGAGUUGCACUUCUGCGGCAAAGAUUGGCAUCCCCGGAAAUCUCUCUCUUCUACAGCCUGCAGGAGAUGCACGAUGUUAUUGCGAGGUACAACAAGGCUACAACCGGUCACAAGAUCUCUGAAAAUGAAAAAGCUUGCAUCAUGAGGCUUACAAACGGACACCCUGGGAUGAUCAGUGCGAUUCUUGAUUAUGUCCACCAGCACGUUUAUGAGAAGAAAUGCUUAACACCGGACGAUGAGAUCUCCACAGAAGAUAUUUUGGACAACUUUGGCGAAAUCCUGACCAGCAACGAUGCCCUCGAAUUCAUCAGAUAUCAACCCGUCGGGCGGAGCUUACCGUCUAAGCACAUGAACAAUGGAGUAUUGACAAAGCCUAUGAUUAAUACACUUCUUCGGGUUUUGCGUCACGGAAGCUCACACUAUGAGAGCCAGAGCGAGGUGAUUAAUGCUUGUAUUAUAUCGGGGUUCUUGUUUCUGGAGUAUGAACAUGGCGGAAAGUAUCAAGCCAAAGUCCCUAAAAUGGGUUCUCCUGAUAUUGAAGAAUUUUGCAUUCGGGUAGUGCAGGCCUUGCCACGGAUGACAUUGCAGAAUCUCUAUACUCCGCAAUGUGGACCUGCGGGAGGAAUACGUACUGCGGCGGACAUCUUCCAAGAUAAGUUCUAUCAAUGCUGCUGGAGCGAAGCCGGCUUCGGUGGAGGAGUCAGACGUGACUGGACCAGAACCUCUGGUGUUCACACCUCUCUGGGGCUUCCAGAGAUGCGCUGGAGAAUCGAACUGAUCUAUGGUUGUGACGACUUCGAUCCUUCCGCUAUCUCUGACCGUUGCUCGGAUCUGAUGCGCCGUGGGUAUAUAGACGAUUGGGUAGUUCUCAGCUGUGGCAAAGAGACCGCCAAAUUUCAAGGAUCCUGUGAAAAUGUGCUACACGUCGUUUUUAAUGACGACUUCUCCAAGUUCGCUGUCAAAUCAUCGGGCAAUACACUGAGUUUCAGCCUGCGUCCGCACUGA